AUGGCAAGCAAAGUUGGUGUAAAGACGGUUCAUUAUGGUACUGCAAUUAUGCCAACUGUUGUUAAAAAUAUCCUUGGAACUUUGCCGACGAAAGAUUUUCUUACUUCUCCUCCAUCAGUCUUAGCUACACGUCAGAAAUUAUCAUACGUUAAAACAAAUCAAUUUCUAGAAAACACAGUAAAUGUGGAGGAUGGUCGUUAUCCAUCGGUUUCAACCGUUCUAGGAUGUACAACUUCACAACAUUUGCUGUAUCAAUGGCAAUUGAAAAUGAUAAAGCAAUUGGGUGGCUUAGGUGCCUUCAAGAAAUAUAUGAGAAUUCGCAUGCAGUCUGGCACGCAGUAUCAUAGCUGCAUACAAAAAAUUUUGGAAGAGCUUCGAAAGCGCGAAAGUUUUCCUGAUGAUAUUGUUGAACAAAUAACUUCCGAAGUCGACAGUUCUGUUGCAAGUUAUUUAAGUAGUGUACUUCCCAUUUUGCGUACGCUUGAUAGCAAGAACAUGGAACUGGAAAGACCUACAUCCCAUCACGGUCUUUGCUAUAGUGGACGAUUCGAUGCUACCAUCACAUAUAAAGAUGCUCUCUUUUUGAUGGAUUGGAAAACGGCUUCAUCAGGUUCAUCAAAAGAUGCUUGUACGGGAAUUGAAAAAAUGUACAAUGAUCCAGUGCAAUUAGCCGCAUAUAUUGGUGCUGUUAAUUCAGAUCCAAAUUUCAGAAUGUUACCAGAAAUUCGUUACGGUGCAAUUGUUGUAGCGAAGGAAGAUGGUUCUGUAGCAGAUGUUGUAGAAAUGAAUUCAUCUCAUCUAGAAGUUUAUUGGAAUAAGUGGUUAAAUUGUGUUUGGCAGUUCUGGACCAAAAUGGAAGCGUUUUCUACUGCAAGUAAUGUAAUUUCAUUUGUAUGGAACAGUGAGGAAAAGUGUUGA